CUCGAUUCCGUAUCAGAUUCUUUCCAGUUUUUGCAAGCUAGAUAUUGCCUGGCGGAUUCACCGCUGGAUUUUGUAUCGCCUCUGGUGAUUUCUGAACGGAUUCCUCUGUUUCCUGAAUUUUUUUUUUUAAGGUUCGGUCGCAGCUGAAAUUUAGUGCGCGAAGGAAAUUGCAUUUUCGCUUUGUGUCAAUUUACUCGGUGGCGUUCAAGGAAUUUGGGCCGUUAAUGUUCUCAUUACGCAAAGGAGGCGUUAAAUUUUCACGAUUCUGCUCUGUUUGGAGAUGGAGGGCUGAAAAGCCAAAGAUAAAGUCACAAUUGUUUGGAGAAUUCGGAGCUGGGUUCUACGAGUAGAAAUUCUUAGGAGAGCUCUUUCUACUGGCGUUUUUCAAAACGAAUGUGAAAAAUCGAGUUGCUGUGUAGAUGAUGAAGCUGAAGCAUAUAUGAAGCCACAAUACCGAAACAAAGAGUUGUCCGUCUGCGUGUGGCUGUGCCUCAAGUCUCUGGAAUACUGAGAACAAAAAGUCAGUUUAGUUUUGCUUGAGACAAGAAGGGAAUAGCGAGUAAAGAUGUUUACGUGCAUAGCAUGUACGAAAACGACGGAUGACAGGGAAGAAGAAGAGGGUGGACGUGACAGUGGCACGCCCAGUACGAAAGAGGCCGUCAAAGGCCUGACGGCGCAGUUAAAAGAUAUUUUCAUUAAGCAAUGCAAACCCUGCACCGGGUCCCCUAGCUACAAGAAAGGGCAGAGGCCUUUUCCAGACUUCGAUACUAUAUCUGAAGGGGUUCCAUAUCCUUACAUUGGAGGAGGGGCUAGUUCAAGUUCAACCCCUGCGUGGGACUUUACAAGCUCCCGUUAUCCAGGUGGUAGACCUGACCCAAGAUUUGGUGGGGCUGCACGCGACUCAACAGUAUCAGUUCAAUCAUGUGAUGUAGUUUUAGAGGAGGAGGACGAACCCAAGGAGUGGAUGGCUCAGGUGGAACCUGGUGUUCACAUCACAUUUGUGUCUCUUCCUAAUGGAGGGAAUGAUCUCAAAAGAAUUCGCUUCAGCCGAGAGAUGUUCAAUAAAUGGCAAGCUCAGAGAUGGUGGGGUGAGAAUUACGACCGGAUCAUGGAACUCUAUAACGUCCAAAGAUUCAAUCGACAAGCUUUUCAAACUCCCUCGAGGGCUGAUGAUGAGGCAAGAGAUUCUUCUUAUACAAGACUCGGAUCUGCACGAGAGAGCAAGGAGUGGACACCACGGCAUCACUAUAGGCCCUCGGGAUUUAGAGGACACUACCCUUCUGACCAUUUUGAUCAGGGUGUAGGCCACCAGUUCCAAGCAGGGUCAUCCAUGGAACCACCCCGCCCAACUACUGAUUCUGUAAAUGAACCUUCUGUCAGUAAUGCCGGUGACAUGGAGGCAGAAUGGAUUGAGGAAGAUGAGCCUGGGGUCUACAUCACAAUCCGACAAUUAGCUGAUGGUACCAGGGAGCUCCGACGUGUCAGAUUCAGUCGGGAAAGAUUUGGAGAAGUAAAUGCAAAGACAUGGUGGGAGGAGAACAGGGAGAGAAUACAAGAACAGUACCUUUGAUUGAAGAAGUUGGAAUUAUUCCCAAUUUUGUUUCCUAAUGACAUAACUCCAGACUCUGGAGUGGAUACAGGACUGGCCUCCCCACUAUUUUCAUCACCAAAAAAGCUUAAUGCGCAAGCACUGGACCAUCCAAUGGCCUUCUCAGUUUUGUUCUCUUUUGUUUGGUGCAUGCUGCAUCAUUUAUUAAAACUGUCACACUCAUAUGAGAGUUCAGAUCAUUUUUUGUGGUGACUCAAUAUGGGUGACAACUACUCACCAUGGUGGGAUGGGCAGCUCUCUUAUUUCAUUAUACUCCUUUCUCAUUUUCUUUUUUCCCCCUGUUGUGAUCAUUUUGUCACGAUAGUUACUUUUUCAUCAUUGAUUGUUACAAUUUAUUAAAUUUAUUUUUUUUUCCUCUCAAGCGGAAUGUAUCGUGGCAGCUGCAACAUCCCCUGUAUUUACUUUUGAGUUACACAUGGUAACAUCACUAUAAAAUGACAUGCUAUUUUGUAUGCU